GCCCCUGAAGGCAGCCGUAGUGUUUGCUGAGCUCGUGCUGAACGGAUCUCACUACAACAAGUGAGUGUCAGCAAGCAUGUCCGGUUAGUGUACCUCGGUGGCGCUGGCUGUGAUCAUCACUACAUGUGCUCCUCGGGUUCCCAAAGCACUGUGUUAAAUGGAGCUAGAGGACCAAUGGUGGAGAGGACAGCUGGCCACAGACAUAUACCAGGCACUACGGUACAAAGAGCUUAAGUUGCCGUCCUACAAGGGCCAGUCUCCUCAGCUGAAUUUGAGACGAUACUAUGCGGACCUCAUAGCUGUUGUUAGCAACCACUUCAGACUCUGUCCUGCAGCCAGACACCUGGCUGUGUACUUGCUAGACCUCUUCAUGGACCGCUAUGAUGUCACGGAGCAGCAGCUUGCCGUGGUCUCGCUCUCAUGUCUUCUGUUGGCCAGUAAGUUUGAGGAAAGAGAAGACCAGGUGCCAAAGCUGGAGACGCUGAACAGCCUGGGCUGCAUCAGCUCCAUGAACCUGAUCCUGACCAAGCAGGGUUUGCUGCAUAUGGAGCUGCUCCUGCUAGAAACCUUCCAGUGGAACCUGUACCUGCCCACGGCCGCUCAUUUCAUAGAAUACUGCCUGUCCAUUGCCAUCCAUGAGGGAGACCUCCAUGAUGGCUGGCCCUUGACCUGCCUGGAGAAGUCUAAAUUAUACAUGGCCAAGUAUGCUGAUUAUUUCCUGGAGGUUUCUUUGCAAGAUCAUGUGUUUUUGUGUUUUGCCCCCUCUCUACUGGCGGCUGCGUGUGUGGCCUCCUCCCGCCUCGUCCUCCACCUGUCCCCUACAUGGCCGCCACAACUGCAGCGCCUCACAGGCUACACAUGGGAGAACCUGGUCCCAUGUGCUGAGAAACUACUCAUUGCACAUGACAGUGAUGUCAGAGAGGCCAACAAGCAGAAGUGUCAGCAGCAGCAGCAGAUGGUGUACCACAGUUCCGGCCAGACAGCCACUGUGGCCCAGUGCCUGCACCGGCCCAGUUUGCAGUAUCCCCAGCAGGCCAGCCACAGGUCUGCCUCCUACCUCAGCCACUCCACCACCAGUCUGCCGGCUCCCAAUGGCCCCCAGCACGGCAGCACCCAGACCAUCUCUGCCUCACUGGAUCCAAAGUCCAACCUCACCAACAGGGCUUACCAAGUCAGCAUGCACUACACCUGUGCCGCUCCGUGUUUUGACAGAUGAUGGAUUUGUAGGAUUUAGUCGUUUUUGAAAAGGAAGAGAAAAGUGUUGGGGAUCUGUUUCUCCUCAACAUAACAGAAUACCCCUGAAGAUAAAAAAAAAAGCGUGUUUUUAAUUUGAAGAGACUGGAUGAAAUUGUGGCAGCACUUUGAACCAUAAGGUGUACGCAAUGUGCAAUAUGCAUACUCUGCUGUAAUUUUCUGUGGAGAGCUUGCUUGAGGAUUUUUUUUUUUUUUCAAGAAGUUUGAGAUAUCUGUAAUGAAUGUUGUUGUGAGGUAACUAGAGGCAGAGUUUGCACCACUGUACUGACUAGUGUUACUGUAUAAUUUAGCUACAGACCAAAAGUCUUGUAAUUAAGCCAAAAUACCUCGGAAGUAUUGCACGUAGUCACCUUGUGCCUGUGUUAUUUAGGGACAUUACUGUUUAGUUAAACAGGAAGUAAUCAAAGGGAUUUACGUCGGUGCCUCGAAUUUUGUUUUGAGUGUUAUUUGUGUAAGUAGUAAAGAAUAUUUUCCUCUAGAUGUCAACUUAUUUGCAGAGAAAAUUGUUGCUCUUCUGUUCACAGAGGAUUUCAGUCAGUGCUGUGCACUUCUAUGAUGAUAGUUUUAAAUAAAAAACAAAACUGUGUUGGUUGAACUGAAA